AAAUCAUUUCUCCUUACCUUCCGCAUCGUACUAAUCUGAGCCGAGACCUGAGAUAGAGAUAUUUAAUUCCGUGUCCCUUUCGCCGCAGCCACGAACGCGGCCACUGUGCAGGUACUCCUUGGAGUAAUGGCAAAUGGCCGUAAACUUAUUGAUGACGGGAUAAUUAUGCAUGGGAUAUUUAUUAUAAACAAGAUUGCCAUGUUUAUGGGAUACUUGUCCAUGGCCAUCAAGGGCCUAGGUUUCCUGGUACUUACUUGGACCACCGUUGUACUCCUUGGUGGCUUCGUUUCCGUGCUCCAAACGAAGGAUUUUUGGUGUCUCACAUUUAUUACCCUUGUACAAACGGCUGGAGUCUUCGAUGCAGUUCUGAAUGAGAAGUUAGGCCAAUUAUGGGAUUCAUCCAAGGUCUUGGUGUAUCCUAUGUUGUUACUUGUCUACGGCCGCAAGCUGCCUAAGAUACGUGGUGUUUUGUCAAUGGCUCAAAUGCUGGUGUUGCUCAUAGUAUUGUGCCCUUUGGUAGCUAUCUACGUGUUUGGGCUGUUGAUCUCCACAGGGAUAUCGCUUUGGCGAUUGAUAAAACAUGAUUAUGGGCGCAACUCGGUUGAUGAACCAAACCUGAAGCCAGCUUUGGAUACCUUAUACUACCUUGCUUUAGUCCAAGGUGUGCUCUUCUGCUAUAGGUUCCUCCACACUUACACGCAGAUGUGGGUGGUUAAGGCAACGAUGGGUUUUUUCGAAAAGGAUGCAACAAUCGGUAAAAAGGAACUUAAAAUAGUUUCCAAGUACAUGGGCGAAACAAGGAUUGCGUGUGAGAAGGACCCAACAUCUGCGAGAGGAAGGAACCUCAUCACAUAUGGUGUGGACCUGAUUGGUUCCAAGUCACCAGAUGACUGCCUUUCCGGGGUGCAGAUGUUGUACACGGCCAUACUCAUGAAGGAGCGGACUCUCAACGAGUAUAGAGGCAUCAUUGCAUUGGAAAGAAAAAGAUCGAAGAACGGAAUGGGAAGUAUUCAUGCGCAAUGUCUAACAAUCAUUGGGCAGCAGCACCUACUCCUGAUGAAACAUCUCAUCGUGUAUGCAGCACCCUCUUCACAGGUACUCCAGAAACUGUUGGAAAUGUUGAAUCCGCGGGGCGCCUAUGACAGAGAAAUGAGGAACCAGGCCGCGAGGAUAGUGGCGUACCUUGCGCUAGAUAUCCAUUUGGAGCAGUUCCCCCGGGUCAUUCAGUACAUUUCUACGCUGAUUGGGAUGACUUUCGAAGAAUACCAACUAAUCGGCUCAUACAAUCUUCUAAACAAAUAUGACCAGGAUCAGGACCAGCAAGCCAGUCGCCUAGCGUCACCAGGCAACGAUCCCAGUAACCUUCGGAAGGACUACGAGAAACUGGUGCUGCGAGGCUUGUGCAUGCUCUGGAAGCUGGCGACCGACAAGGAGAACUGCAGAGUCAUGAGCCACGCCCAAGGUCUGCUCCCAAGGAUCAUGGCACCACUCACCUCCGACAUAAUCCACCAAUUCAGUGGCGGUGCAUGGUCCAUCAGCGUAGUAGAGGGGUCGCUGAAGGUCAUGCGCCUUCUCCUGGCUUCUCCUGGAGAGACUGGUGCCAAGUUGCAUCGUGAAAUGUCCAACAACAAGGAGGCAAUCGGCACCAUGGAGAGGAUUCUCAGUUGUGACUCCUGUUGUGCAAAGCUACAGAAACAAGCCUUGGGGAUUCUCAUACAACUGUACACGGGCAAUGAGAAGAACCAGGACAGAGUAGCUUUCAUCAAGAUGCUACUAGUAGACAUCUUCUUCUCUUGCGAUAGCAAGCACAGAUCCAUCAGAAAGUUGGCUGGUGAAGCACUGGUAAAGUUGUGUAUCCAAGGCAGAAGCAAUACAAGUAUUAUCUUGCAGGUGAACAGUGGCGUUGUUGAUACCCUCACCAAGAUACUACUUCUAGACGAUGCUGAGAACAAGACAUGCAGGAUAAGAGCAGCUGAAAUCCUAGAGCAUAUGUGUAUUCAUCACACACAAGAUGAUGAUUCUCGCAGUAAACUUAAGGAAGCCAUGACCAAUACAAUGCCCAAGGUGCUUGCUCAUAUACUAUCUCGUGGACCGACGAAAGAUCAAACACACCCAAAAACAGAAGAAGACCAAGUGGUGGUCACAGAGAAAGAAGGUGAUUUAGAAAACCAAUUUGAACAUCCACAAGAAAAUACCAGGGAGAAGACCUCUUCUUCAUCUCAUCCACAAAACAAUGAGGACUACGACGAGGACAUGCAGGUGGAGGAGGAGGACGAAGAGCACGACGAGGACGAGAACCUUCAUGCACCCUUAUUAUCCCUUUGUGUGACUAUAUGCGACACAUUCAUCAGUGUUGAUCAAGAUUUGACUGCUCAGUUAAAUGCAAUUAGCCUUCCAAGGAAGCUCAAGGACAUGGUAGCAGAAAACAGCAUUCCGACAGUGCCUUGCCUGAGACUGAUGAAGCUUACCUGUAAGAUGGUCAUAUCAAUGAUGACACACAGCGGCAGGUACCUAAAAGAAGACCUUGAGAGCUUGACGGAAGCACUAUCCAGUGUUGCUGAAAGCAUGUCUCUUCUUGACAUCUCCAUGGUUUUUGCCAGCGAAGAUGAUGAUGCAGCAACGAAAAAAAAGCCUGUCAGGAGUCUCGGUUCCCUAGUGAAAGAAGCUAAGGAAAGUGUCGACACGUAUUGCAACGCAAGGGAAUCGGGAAAUAUAGAACCAUUAACCUCCACCCACGGGUAACCCUGAUAAAGUUAAGACUCAACUGAUAUACUUAGUAUUUCUUUACUCUACUAUAUAUCCAUUGUGCGUUGACUCUUAAGUAUAUUAGCUUGCUGCAAAUUUAUUUGUGUGCGCCUUGAGAAUGAUCUGUAUUUGUUUUUAUGUCUGUAAAAACUAAGCUAUAUUGGGUGUUGUCAGUGUAUCUCUGAAACCUGCGUGUAAAUGUUACUCCCUGAUGUUAAAG